AUGAAGACUCGGAAAUCAAAAGACGGCAUCUGCCACUCCACCAAGAGAGUCACCGCCGGCAUGCUCCUCUCCUUCCUCGCUCUUUCUCCUCAUGCCGCUGCUUCCCUUGCCCCCGCCAUCGAUCCAUGGUACCCUCUUCCACUACCAAAACAACCAAACUCCCACGACUUCACCCUUCGACACAUCUUCCACCGAGGCACCUAUCAAGAUCCUGACUUGCACCGCCGCCUUAAUCUCCAUCCCAACGCACCCGUCUUUGUUACUGCCGAAGAUGACUCCCAGAGUCUCUUUCAGCCAGCACCACAUUUCUCCGCGAGAUCCGCCUCUCACGAGAUCGAGCGGCUUGUCGACAGGGACCCUCUUUCGGUAGAGUCACAUUUACAACAUGCCCGCUAUUUCGGGAGACCCGCCGUCCUGGAUGCUUCUGCCUGGACUAUGGACGAGGUUGAAGGCCCCAAUAUUACCGACAAAGAAACCGUCACUAACUUGGCCAUCAUGUCUGCAAAUGCCUAUAAUGAGGUCCCGGGCGAAGGUGAUUGGGAAGAUGUAUCCCAAGGCUACAAUAGAACUGCAAGCUUUGGUUGGCAGGGGGAUGGUCUGCGUGGCCAUGUCUUCGCCGAUGAAGGCAACAACACAAUCAUCAUAAGUCUCAAGGGAACCUCUCCUGCUGUCUUCGAUGGCGAUGGCACUACAACACAAGACAAAUUGAACGAUAAUCUCUUCUUUAGUUGCUGCUGUGCCCAAGGAGGCCAGUACUUUUGGAGGCAGGUUUGUGAUUGCUAUUCCAGCACCUACAGUUGCAACCAGACCUGUCUUGUCCAAGCCCUCCGCAAUGAAAACAGAUAUUACAGAGCUGCUGUCGAUCUCUAUACCAACGUCACCGAAAUAUAUGCCGAUUCAAACAUCUGGCUUGUCGGCCAUUCUCUAGGCGGAGCUGUCACCAGUCUACUCGGUCUAACAUUUGGUCUACCAACUGUCACCUUUGAGGCUCCUGGCGAAGAUCUGGCCGCCAAACGACUUGGUCUUCCAGCUCCGCCUUCGUCAGAUCCUCGGAGAGCACGCACCAAGUACACUGGCGCGUACCACUUUGGAAACACGGCAGAUCCCGUUUUCAUGGGCACCUGCAAUGGUGCUACCGCCACUUGUACAUUAGGCGGCUAUGCCAUGGAGUCUCAGUGUCACACAGGGAAGCAAUGCGUUUAUGACACAGUCUCUGACUAUGGUUGGCGCGUCGGUAUUGGUAACCACAAAAUCCGUAACGUCAUUGACAGCGUUAUCAAGAAAUAUAAUCAAGUCCCUGAGUGUAUCCCUGACGACGAAUGUGUCGAUUGUUUUAAUUGGAAGUAUUUCGAAAGCAAUGGUUCCGACUCCACCACGACUACGAAAACUACGACCACCUCCUCAACUCGCACACGAACUACCACCUGCAAAACUCCUGGUUGGUGGGGAUGUCUGGAUGAGACCACCACUACCACAUCAUCCUCACUUCCGGUGAUCACCACAACUUACACCACAACCAGCUGUGCUACGCCUGGUUGGUUUGGCUGUAACAAAGAAGUGAAUGUGACCAUCACCACAACCACGCUAGCCCCAACUGCAUCUGUUCCAACCACAUCUAAUUCUUGGUCACAGACUGGAGCUUCCUCUUCAACCACCUGUCAACAUCCAGGAUGGUGGGGAUGUCGCGAUCCAAUCUCAAUCACAGGAAAACCCUCGCCAGCACCAACACAGAGUCAAACUAAAGCCACCAAAACAGAUACGUGUGAAACGCCUGGCUUCUUCUUUGGUUGCCAUGAUAGACAUCCGCACACUAGCACGUUGCCCAUUUCUUCAGGAACUCAGACCAUCACCGAUGCUCCGAGUCAGAGUGCCAGUAGCGCUACACCAAGCAGCACCAAGUCUCAUCAGGGAGGUAAAAAGAGAAAGAAGUGCAAGCAUCGUGCUUUCUUCGGCUUGAUCUGCCUUGAUGAGGUCGAGUAUGAGGGAUAUGUUCCAGAACUAUGA